AUGAGGGCUUCUUUAUGCGUAUUUGGGGGGAUGUUGAUUUCUCUUUGUAUGGCAACGAGAAGUUCAUUGGCCAACCUCAGCCCAAGACACGAUUACGCUAUUCGACAGGAUCAAUCUGAAUUAGUAGCUCCGCUCAGAGGUUGCUCUGCUACUGACGGCGCAGAACCAUGCACUGAUCUUACGCUGGCUAGUUGGGGAGAAUGUACGAAUUUCCCUGAAGAUACGGUUGUGAGUAGUGUGUUCAUGACAGAGGUUGAUGGUGCGUUUUGUAUGCUCUUCGAUGACUAUCAUUGUGGUGGAAAUGAAACUGAUCCUUCGCCUGGAGUAAACAAUUUACCGGAGGAUUGGGUCAACAACGUAAAGUCGUACAACUGUUUCCUCUUUUAG